AGCAACCUGGAUUUCUAAAUCCAUAUUUCGAUUUACUUUUUGCCUAGAAUUUGGUCAUAUCAAAAUUACUUAAAACUUUCGGACUCUAAAAUGUUUCGCUAUCUUAACCGCCGUCUAAUCAAUACAGAUAAAGUGGAAACUAAUGUUUUUCAAAUGUCCAAUGAGGUUUGUACCACCAUCGAUGAUUUCAAGGAGGCAGCCAAUUUUGACACUGAAUAUUUAAGACCCAUUAAUUCUUUUCUGGACAUAUGUUGCGUCAUGAGCUUUUUUAUUGGUUUCGUAAUAACAUCAAUUUACUAUCUAACUCCGAAUCUCUUGGAGAGAUUCAAAAAAACCACCGAAUUCUUCUCUAGGCGGUAUAAGAUGGUUGAUCGCAUGAACGAGUCGAAAAAAAAUUUUCAAGCUUUGCUCAAAAAAUUGCACAUUGCCAAAGAAGAUAGUAAGUCAGAGUCUUCUGAAGGAUCAAUACUUAAGCCAGACAUUAGCAUUGAUAGUGAAAUGCAAUUGAUAAAUGUAAAUCAAUCGUCUAGGCUCGUUUGCAGUCAUGAAUCCAGAAUGCUUUGCACUUCAAAAUGGGCUAAAAACGAGCUGGCCAAGCCACUAGCUAAGAGAAGUCGUCGCUGCUUGUGUCUUUAAAAUGUGCUAUGGAACUGCCAAGACUUUGAGUAACUUUAUUGUUAUAUCAAUUAACUAAAAUUAUACAAUGUGCAGUGCAAAGUCUCUCUAUUGGAAAUGAAAAUAAAAAAAAUCAUAGUUCAA